AUGCGCCCUACCAUUCUUGCCCUCGCGGCUUCCGCCGUAGCCACCGAUGUCACUGUCGUCUGGCGCCACGAGAAGACAACUGGUAGCACCUCGCUGAGCAUUCACUCCGCUGGAAGCGACAACAUUCUUGCAGAGCGCUGCGGAAAUGCUCUCGGAUCUCUCGACUUCUCCGGUGUGGACCAGCACGGUGCCGGCAACUUCACUGUAGGCGGAGAAACAUUCGACGUCAGCAGCAAGCUCCAGGAUGGAGUCAGCUGCAACCGCAAAUACAACGGUGUCAUCGCUGUCGCCGAAUGCUCCGGCGUCAAGCUUGAAGUACCGGAAGGUGAAUCUCAGUCUGCGGACUGCUUCACAGACGAGGACGCGAAGGCUUCGUUCCUUGCCCUGAAGGCGAGAAAUGUCAACGCAGUUGCUCCCACUCGUGUCGAGCGGCGCUCCACACCGAGUUCAACUUUCAAGCUUCGGGGCCGACAGCAAUGCCAUGACGAGAAGUCAACCGUUGUCAACGGUGACGGAGAUCCGCACCAGAACUACUUCCACAAGCAGCUUUCGGAGGUAAUCAACUGCGGUGCCGCUCCAUCCUGUUCAGCGGGUUACGAAGUCUCCAAGUCCUACACGAUCGGGUUUUCGUCUGGAAUCAGUGUCGAUAGCUGGAUCUCAGCAGGUUUCGAGGUACAGAAGUCCUGGACGACGGGCAACGAGUACACAUGUUACGGCGCAUCAGGGGACGAUGUGUGCAUAUGGUACAAUACGGCUCACACAGCUUAUUCUGAUCCUUUUGUCAUCAAGUCUCCGAACAAGUCGAACCGCGGCGGAGGUAUGUACUGUGUUAUUGGCACUUGCCGAGCGCAAGGGGACGAGUACUGGGACAACACUGGCAGGGCAGGCGGGCCUUGA